ACAGGCCAUCAACAAAAAGCGGUCGGGGCGGCGGAGUCGUCGCGGCGUCUUGGGUGGUUUGAGGCCGGCGACCGGGCGGUGCAGAGAACUGCGGGAGGGAGCAGCCUUUUUCCGCUGGGAAGGGGAGGCGCCCUCUCUUCGGCCUCUUAGGCUUCAUGGCUCUGUCCUGUUCUCGGGGAACAGUAUUAUCUCAUCAGUGAUGCUUAGACGAUCUUUUCUUGUUUGGGAGGAGGGGAGAAGCAGCAGAAGCUUCUCUUCCCCCUUAUCAGUGUUAACCCGCGAAGGAGAAUCUGUGCUUUUGGUGCUUGGGUCUUUGUUACUAAAUGUUAGCCGAGAGAAUCCUUCGCCAAAACUUUACUGUUGGGGCGGGAGUGAUGGUGGAAUUAGAAGUUUUGUUUCAUCUUAGUUGGUACUUACAGACCAAGGGUCUGGUUCCAUCUCCUGGCCACGCCCCACAUCACUUUGGGGAAAACUGACAGCUUAAUGCUUGCAGAUCAGUUUUGCAAUGCCAUUGGAGUGUUGCAGCAGUGUGGUCCUCCCGCCUCCUUUAGUAACAUUCAGACGACAAUUAACAAGGACCAGCCAGCCAAUCCUACAGAAGAAUAUGCCCAGCUUUUUGCAGCGCUCAUUGCACGAACAGCAAAAGACAUUGAUGUUUUGAUAGACUCCUUGCCAAGUGAGGAAUCUACAGCUGCUUUACAGGCUGCCAGCUUAUAUAAGCUAGAAGAAGAAAACCACGAAGCUGCUACAUGUCUGGAAGAUGUUGUUUAUCGAGGGGACAUGCUUUUGGAAAAGAUACAGAGUGCACUUGCUGAUAUUGCACAGUCACAGCUGAAGACAAGAAGUGGUACCCACAGCCAGUCUCUCCCAAACUCCUAGUACUGCACGUACCACGUGGCUGAGAAAAGAACUAUUUCAGUGCCAUUAAGAAUUUUGCAUCAAAUUUAGAUGUAAGCCUUAUCAACAGUGAACAGAAACAUUAAGUACUAUAACACGUUAUCUUUUUAGCUAUUUUUAAUAGUCUUCUAUUUUCACUCUUGAUAAAUUAGCUUGUAAAAUUGUGAUUGAACCAGUUUUAAAUCAUCAUUAUAACAUCAUUUUUUAUUACCUGAAUGAAAUUGAGGCAGCUAUCGCAUUAAUGGUUAUAAUAUAAUUAAACAAAUAUACUAUAAAA